AUGCUGUUUGUACUUUCGUUCCUUUACAUUAUUGUAGAUGAAAUUUCAUCAGCUUUCGCUUCGUCAUCAUCCUCAUCUAUUUUAUCAUUGUCAUCGUUUAGAUCUGUAUUGUCAAAUAAUAAUAAUUUAAUAUUAGCUACUGGAUCAGCAUGUUCAUCAAAUCCUGGAAUUGUAUGUAGUCAUGAUUAUUUAUUAGUGGAUGAUCGUAUACCUAAUGUUUAUGACGAUCCAUAUAUUAUUCAUGGAAAAGACAUAGUGUUAGAAUAUAUUGUUGACUUAGGCUCUAUACUUGGAAUAUGA